CAGCCCUGCUGCCCCCCCAUAAGGCUGAACCUGAACCAGCUUUUCUCCCAACUGAAGGAGGACAUUCCCGCCUGAUGGCAGUGAUGGAGAACGAGACGUGGAGCCAAACUGCAUACGUCCCCCAUUAUCUCCUCCAUGGUGACCCUUUCGCCUCGAAACUCUCCAAAGAGGCUGAUAUCAUCGCAGCAAUUUACAUCUGCAUCAUAGGAAUCUUGUCUGCAACAGGGAAUGGAUAUGUUAUUUAUAUGACCAUCAAACGCAAGACCAAGUUGAAGCCGCCUGAACUCAUGACUGUUAAUCUAGCCAUCUUCGACUUUGGAAUAUCAGUGACGGGAAAGCCCUUUUUCGUUGUAUCUAGUUUCUCCCACCGCUGGUUGUUCGGCUGGGAGGGUUGUCGUUUCUAUGGCUGGGCGGGCUUCUUCUUCGGCUGUGGGAGCCUCAUAACAAUGACUGUGGUCAGUCUGGACCGGUACUUCAAAAUCUGUCAUCUCAGAUACGGCACAUGGCUAAAGCGCAGCCACGCCUUCCUGUGCCUGGCCUUCGUGUGGGCGUACGCAGCCUUCUGGGCCACGAUGCCCCUGGUGGGCUGGGGGAACUACGCCCCGGAACCCUUCGGGACCUCCUGCACACUGGACUGGUGGCUGGCCCAGGCCUCUGUCUCCGGACAGACCUUUGUCGUGGCCAUCCUGUUUUUCUGUCUCAUCUUACCAACAGUCCUCAUGGUUUUCUCCUACGUCAUGAUUAUCUUCAAGGUCAAGUCAUCCGCAAAGGAAAUGUCACAGCUUGAUGCUCGCAUCACCAACAGCCACAACCUUGAGAUGAAACUCACAAAGGUGGCAAUGCUGAUCUGUACAGGUUUCUUAAUAGCCUGGAUUCCUUAUGCAGUGGUGUCAGUGGUGUCAGCGUUUGGUGAGCCGGACUCUGUGCCCAUCUCUGUGUCCGUCAUUCCCACGCUGCUGGCCAAGUCCUCCGCCAUGUACAACCCCAUCAUCUACCAGGUGGUGGACCUGAAAAACUCCUGCGUCAAAUCCUCCUGUUUUAAGGCUAUGAAAAAACGCAGGCAUUUCAGAAAGCCAAGGUUUUACACCAUCUCUGGCUCGAUAAAGGACAGAUCACCACCCAAAGAAUCUCAAAUGGAGAUGUGAGAGACACUUUAGACUGUGUAACCCUUUUACCUAUUCUACUUCGGACAGUUUGCCUUGUUCCCUGCCCUCUGUGCCCUACACUUAUCCAAUCACACGCUGCCUGUAUCCUGCUAUGACCUCAUCAACAGCUCACUGUCCCUAAGUGUCGCUUCUUGUUUUUCACCCACGUAUCUCCGUAUUCCUACCACAGCACCUCACCGUCCCGCACACAUCUUUCUGGCAAGGUUUUGAUUAUUCUGUGGAGUUGAGUUGUCAUACAAGUGAUGUGUUGUGUGAGUUUCUUGACGUUUUUCCGUAGACAUA